AUGUCAAAACAAGCAGAAACCUCAGAUAAGGAGGCACUCGAAGUCUUCAAGCUACUAUUCGAUCUUGGAGAAACCAAAGCCUGGUAUAAAUCUUUACUCCCACCCUCAGUGAGUGAACAAAACCAUUAGAAAAAAUCCUUAUUUUUGCCCAAAAACCCAUCCUCCGCGAGCAAACAAAAAUUUUUUAUGGGAAAAAAUUUUGAUAUAUAAGUGAUAACUAGUAUCAUGAAAUUUCGAGCUAAUUCUGUUUAAUUUUAGACAAAUUGCGCUUUACAAAAUUAAAUUAAUAUUUGCCUUCCAAUUUUCGAAAAAAAAACAAAUUCUUUUAAAAUUAUAUAUAUAUAUAUAAAUUUUUUUUUUAAAUAAAAAUCUGUGAGCGAACAAGAUUUUUUUGUCGCUCACAGAGGGGGAGAGGCGGAUUAGUAAUAUCGAACUUUUGGGGUGAAAAGCUCAUGAUUUGGUUAGAAAUUGCUCAACUUUUUGUAUUCUCUUUCGCUGCAAACUAUGAGGUCUGGCCUCUUCAUUGGCAAGGCAUGAUAAAUGACAGCCUGAUCUCUGUAAUAUUUGCAGCUGAUUUCGGAACAUUGUUUUACAGUGAUAUUAUAGAAGAUUCAACUACAAGGGUAAUUUAUUCAUAUUUAUGGUUGAUUGUUUCAGGCAGCUUGAUCGGCUUAUAUUUUCUUUUCAAAUUUGUCAUUCCAUUGCCAGUGCUCUGGAGAAUAUGAUUUGAAAGGUAUUACCUUAUAUUGGCACAUGUUCUUUAUCUCCCAAUAGCUCUGGGGCUCUUACCAGCUGCUUUUUGCCAAUAUGAUAACUGCUGGGACACUAGUGCCGUUUCCCAACUUAUCAUGAGCAUUUUAAGCUUUUGUGUAACUGUUCUUUUUUUGCUUGGGAUGCCUAUAUAUAUGGCAUUUUAUAUUCAAAAGCAUUUAAUUACAGAUGAUCCGGAAGCCCACGAAGAUUUUGUGAAACAAAAAGAAAUGGAAUAUGUUUUGCAAAUUUCCCAUGCCUGGCUGACUGAAAGACAAUAUUUAUUUAGUUCUUAUAGAAGAAAUCGAUUGAGAGUUUACCAUAGACCGAUUUAUGAGCUUUUUGUGCUGUCUUUGGUGAUUGUUCAUGGGAUCUUAAACUCUUAUCAAGGAACAAAAAUGCUGGUCCUAACACUAAUAUGUGCUAUUUUUGCUUUGUAUACAACAAUUUUCCCAGUUUACCGUUGUAUGAGUUCAAGCUUCCUUUAUUUUCUGGGUCUGUGGAUUAUUUCAGCAAAUAUGUUCUUAGGAUACCUCAAAGCUGCAAAUUAUGACGCAGAAGCACUUGUGGACUCGAAUAUGACUUCUCUAAUGAUCGCAGUCAACGUAACAUCAGCAAUUCUCCUUGCCUUCUUAAUGGGACUAUUUAUUUUAUUCAGGUUUCAAUGGCCAGUCCACCUGAAAACUGUCAAAAAUCUCGCUUUGGGGUAUAGAUUUCUUUUAGCAGACUUAAGAAAUGCCCAAAAAAUGAUUUUAAUUUUACGAGCAAAAUCAAACUACCAGUUCGUUAAAACUGAACCUAUAAAUGGGAUGAUAAAAAUAUUGAGAGAGCAUUACAACUUACUUUAUAAUGAAAAUCACCCAUUACAAUAUACUGUCUUAGAGCAGCUUGAUAUUCUGGAUUUCCUGAAACAAAAAGUGGUGAAUCAGACACUUCUUCCUUGCAAAAGAUUAGAAGAAAACUAUGGCUUAUUAGUCACUGUAAUAAAUCGAAGAUGGAAAGAACAAAUAUUAAUGAGUCCUGUAAAACGAAGAAUUCUGCUUAAAUUGUAUAUUUUGAGAUGGAUUUUAGGCAGAUACAAUACAACACCGUUUAAUUCUGGUUUUAAUUAUAUUGGGAAAGGAGUUGGAAAGCGACAGAUAGGAAUUGACGACUUAGAAAUGGAAAAACUGUAUAAUAAGCUUGGCAAAGGAUGAAAGGAAGGCUUAGACAGCAGUGAUGAAAUUUAUAAUAGCCCAAACAUAAUGUUUUCGCCAGCAAACGCGGAUAAUAACGCAUGGCUCGUUAUUAACAUACAUAAAGCCCAAGAAGCAAAUAAUUUAGACUGGCUUACAAAUCUAACUGAAAAAGCCUUGGAAUUGAACUCUGAAGAUGCAAAAAAACUUCUAUAGAGCUUUAGAUUGAAUGGUUUUAAAAUAUAUCAAAUAUUUUAAACUCUUAUAUAAAACCUAUCAUUUGGGGGCUUUGUGUCUGGUUUUAUGUUAAUCAAAUACAGCAUAAUUGAAAUAUGGAAUGAGAGGGGAGAAAAGAAUUUGCACGAAGAUUUGAGGGCUCGUCUGUAUCAGCCAUAA